GCCAUUUCCGCUCAUUUUCCAGCCUCAAAUUUCCAGAGACUUCCUCCUAAUCCUCAACAUGUCAGAACCCGUCUCUGCUGAAGAGCAACAAAACCCAACCGCCAUGGUCACAGACGAGCCCACCAACGCUCCUGCAGCUGACCCUACCGUCGCGGAACCCGCAGCCGAGUUGGAGGUCAAGGCGACGGAAAUGGCGGAUGCACCCGCACCCAGGCGCUCAUCCCGCCUCUCCACUCAGUCUCAGCCCAAGGGUACAGAUGACGCCGCGGCGAAGGAGGCGGAGCGUAAGAAGGCGAGGGAGACGCGCCGCAGCAGGCCGAUGAUGCCCGCCAAGCCACCCAAGCGGGCCGCUGAAGAGGGCGGCGAGGAUAACGACUCGAGCAAGAAGGCUAAGAACGAGCCAAGCGCGACAAAGGCUGUCGACAUCGGCGACACGCUCCCGGAGAUCACGCUCAAGAGCCACAAAGACGAGGAUGUGGACGUGAGCGCGAUCGCCAUCGGCCCGCGUGGCGUUGUCAUUUUCCUCGUGCCCAAAGCUGACACCCCGGGGUGCACGCAGCAAGCGUGCGGCUUCAGAGACAACUGGGAUGAAUUCGGGAAGAACGGGUACGACGUUUAUUGUCUCAGCGCGGACAAGUCACAGGCGCAGGAUAAAUGGUCGACCAAGAAAGAGCUGCAGUACACGCUCCUCUCCGACCCUGAGCGCAAGCUCAUCACCGCGCUCGGCGCAGGCGAGGGCGGCAAGACCAAGCGCAGCCAUUUCGUGUUCGCGCCAGGUGGAAAGCUGGUUGACAAGAAGAUGCCUGUCAAGCCUGUCGACAGCCCUAAGCUCGCGCUCGAGUUCAUCAAGAAAUAUAAGGCGGAGAACGCAUAACGUGCACAGGAAGGUUCGUAACGUACGUAGGCACGUGGAACUCGAGUGGUUGUGGUCGAUUUACCCUGCAUAGACACCGGAAACCCGGGUCGGCCCUCCGCAUACUCGAGCGCCGGGUCCACUGACACUCGUCAUCACAACGUCACGAGGGCAUCGAGGUGUAUGUGCACGGGCAACUCUCGCCACACUCAAUGGGCAAGAACGCUGGCGGGCCACACUGUACUCUGCCAUCUCGACGCUUCUCUCUCCCAUGGAAUCUGGGGCCUGAGUCAUAUGUCGCUCUCUGAGGCUAUAAACAGCUGCUGGUGGUCAGUUAUAACCCCUCUCCCGCUCGCUCGCACGCACGUCGCAUCUUGUCCUCGUUAUCGGGACGUGCACUAUCUGUCUGCCUGUGUUCUGAUUGACUUCAUCUCGUACUCUCGAAGACACGAAACCACUUCUUCUCCAGUAGCUUGCAACACCAAUACCGUUACCGACAAUGCCGAAGACAUUCGAAACGACGCUCGACACACCGGCGUUCAAGGGCUCGCUGAGUGUCCCGCUGGGGCUGUACAUCAAUGGCGAGUUCGUGGACCCCAUCGAGGGCGGGGAGAUCGAUGUUAUCAACCCCGCCAACGGCCGCAUCAUCACCUCCAUAGCCGCAGGCACACAGGCGGACAUCGACCGCGCGGUCGACGCCGCCGAGCGCGCGUACAAGACAUCUUGGGGGUUCAAAGUUCCCGGCGCGCAACGCGGCAAGAUGCUCGCGAAGCUGGCGCACCUUAUGAAGGAGAAGCAAUCCGAAUUUGCGGCGUUAGAUGCGCUGGCUAACGGGAAGGCGUACAACACUGCAUUCAGCAGGGACAAUAGUGGGGCGAUUGCGGUUAUGGAGUAUUAUGCGGGGUGGGCGGAUAAGAUUUCGGGGAAGACUAUCGAGGUCAAUGAGAAUAAGAUGGCGUAUACAAGGCACGAGCCCAUCGGCGUUGUCGGCCAAAUCAUCCCGUGGAACGUCCCAAUGUUCUCCCUAUCCCUGAAACUCGCCCCCGCGCUCGCAACAGGCAACACCGUGAUCCUCAAACCCUCCGAACUCACCCCGCUCUCCGCCUUACUCUUCUGCACGCUCGUCGCCGCCGCGGGCUUCCCGCCCGGCGUCGUGAACAUCGUGAACGGGUACGGCGCGAGCGCGGGGCACGCGAUCGCGGCGCACCCGCGCGUGCGCAAGGUCGCGUUCACGGGCUCGACGCUCACGGGGCGCAAGAUUAUGGAGGCGGCGGCAAGGAGCAAUCUGAAGCCGGUGACGCUCGAGCUGGGCGGGAAGAGUCCGACGGUUGUGUUUGGGGAUGCGGAUGUGGAGCAGGCGGUGAAGUGGGCGAUUCAUGGGAUAUACUUCAACCAUGGGCAGAACUGCAGCGCGGGAUCACGGAUCUAUGUCCAGGACACGAUCUACGACGAGUUUCUGCGGGGGUUCACCGAGCAGGCGCGCGCGAUCCGCGUGGGGGACCCGUUCGCGACGGACACGUACCAGGGCCCGCAGGUGUCCGAGACCCAGUUCCAACGCAUCAUGUCCUACAUCGCGUCAGGCAAAGAGUCGGGCGCGACCGUGCACCUGGGCGGGCAGCGUAUCGGGUCCGAGGGGUACUUUAUGCAGCCGACGAUCUUCACGGAGUGCACGCCGGAUAUGAAGAUUGUGCAGGAGGAGAUCUUUGGACCUGUCGCGUGUCUGAUGCGGUUCGGGACUGAGGAAGAGGUCCUCGAGAGAGCGAACGACACGUCGUACGGGCUCGCGGCUGCUGUGUUCACAAAGGACAUUGACCGCGCGAUCCGGGUCGCGCAUGCGCUGGAGGCGGGCACUGCUUGGAUCAACUGCGCGAACCAGACAGAGAUCUCGAUGCCGUUCGGCGGGUUCAAGCAGAGCGGUAUCGGGCGCGAGCUGGGGGAGUAUGCGCUCGAAAACUACACCAAUGUCAAAGCCGUGCACGUCAAUAUUGGGAUUAGGAUGUGAAAGUCGGUUAUCUUUGGCGCUGUGGACUCGCCAUCACGGGUGCUGGAUGCUUGUACUAAUAUUGGAAAGAUCUAAUUGCACCUUUCUGAUAACUCCAAGUACGCAGCCAUCAUUCUAGCACGUUGUAGCGGCCUGCGGUUCGAAUGGCGUUCCCACUUGGGAUUUUGCCUUUUGGUCGUCUUUUGGUCAACGACCACCUACCUCGAUGGUAACAACCUGAAGCUUGCGGGUAC